AUGGGAAAAAUUGAUGACAUUUCCAAUCUCUCAAGAACUGAACUAAUGCAUCUCGCAAAAUUAGCAGAGCAUGCAGAAAGAUACGAAGAAAUGGUAAGCUUUAUGCGGGAGUUCGUCAAAAAAGAAAAAACUGCGCUUUCACUGGAAGAGAGAAAUUUAUUGUCAGCAGCUUAUAAAAGUCUUGUCGGAAAUAGAAGGACUUCGUGGAGGGUUUUACAUUCAAUCGAAGAAAAAGAAGGAAGAAGGAAUAAUGAAGAAAAUAAACAAAGAGCUUGUGAGUAUAAAAUCAGGGUGGAAAAUGAACUCAGGAGCUUUUGUGGGGAAAUUUUGAGACUUAUUGAUACAGAUUUACUUCCGACAAGCGGGGAUGAUGAGUCUAGAGUCUUUUACUUGAAAAUGAAAGGGGAUUAUUAUAGAUAUAUUUGUGAAUUUACUACUGGACAAGCUAGAGAUGAAAGCGCAAAAGGGGCAUCAGAAAGCUAUGAGCAAGCGUUAAAGGCUGCGGAAGAGCAUUUGCCGCCGACGAAUUCUACAAGAUUGGGGCUUAUUUUGAAUUAUUCAGUUUUCCAUUAUGAAAUUCUUCAAAGGCCACAGGAAGCAUGUGCGAUGACUUCAAAAGCAUUUGAUGAAGCAAUCAGAGACUUAGACAGCUUGACGGAUGAAAAGGAGUAUAAGGAUUCAACCUCUAUCUUGCAGCUUAUAAAAGACAACUUGCAGCUUUGGCAAUCUGAAGGAGAGGAAAGCUAA